GAUUAUGGUUUUAUUUUGUCCCACUUGUGCAAAUCUCUUAUGUGUUGAAGCAGGGGCCGGAGGUGAUUUGCGUUACUCUUGUCAUACUUGUCCAUACGUAUAUCCAAUUGUCAAGGAAAUUGGACUUAAAAUAUAUCCCAAAUUAAAGGAAAUUGGUCAUGUUAUGGGCGGUGCUGCUGCAUGGGAAAAUGUAGAUUCUACUGAUGCUGUAUGUCCUUCUUGUGGCCAUGGUCGUGCAUAUUUCAUGCAAAUGCAAACACGUUCUGCUGAUGAGCCGAUGACUACAUUUUAUAAGUGCUGUAACCAAUCCUGUGGUUAUAAUUGGAAGGAAUAGUUUUUAGUGUUUUGAUGAAAGGAUUA